GCAACAUCGCGGGUAACUCCGAGGACCCGGCUGAGAGACUCCGUUUGGGCAGAUCCAGAGAGAGGGAGAGAGAGAGAGAGAUCCAAAUGAUUCUGGUUCUUGCGGAACGCUGAAGUAUUGCCGAUUGAAGCGGUGGGGCGUACCCUUGUUCUCAUGCGCGCCUUCCAUCGCCUCAUCAUCCGACAAGGGAGACCAUGAAGACCAAUUCUCCUCUCAGCCGUCGCAUCGUUCGCGCCUUUUUGGGUUUCCUUAACUCCGUUGAACCUGCUCCUGGUGUUGAUCUUGAAGGCCUUGAGGUGGCUAAGGAAUGUCUGGCAGAGGUCUUUAAGAUUGACCUUUCUUCUGUUAACACUUCUGUUAACAGUGAUGGAGACGCUGCUUUGUUAACCAAUAUCUUCAGUUCAAGGGAAACAAGUGAGAAACAGGAAAACAAUUCAAUUAUUAGUCAUGAUGCAUUGCCUGUAGAUGCACCUAGUACAUCCUCUGCUGAGAAUGCUUCUGAUGUUAAUCAUUCAGAAGCAUCACAGACUCUGCAGGUUGGAGCAGAGGAAGUUCACACAUUGGGGGUUUCUGAAGAUGAGCUUUUUGGACAAUUUUUUGGUGCACUUGAAAAAAAUCAUUAUUUCAAGCUUAUGCCUGAUGGACAUGACGAUCAGGUGCAACUGGAUAGGGCAACCCAUUUAUUUCAUAAUGCUGUAAUGGAGUUGAAAAAAUCUGGAUGCCAGACACUUGAUUGGAAAAAUCUGUCUGAGAUCUUCAAGUCACAAGGUAACAGGGCCAUGCAGUCAAAGCUCUACCCUGAUGCAAUUGAACUGUAUACUCUUGCCAUUGCAUUAUCUGAAGAAAAUGCUGUUUACUAUUGCAACAGGGCAGCUGCUUAUACCCAGAUCAACCAAUAUGAAGAAGCAAUCAGAGACUGUCUUAAAUCCAUUGAAAUUAACCCUAAUUACAGCAAGGCCUACAGUCGUCUGGGCUUUGUUUAUUAUGCACAAGGGAACUACAGGGAUGCCAUCAACAAAGGAUUCAUGAAAGCCUUGCAAUUGGAUCCAAACAAUGAUUCUGUGAAGGAGAAUAUUCGGGUGGCAAAGCAAAAAUUGAAUGAAGAGAUGAGGAGGACAGAACAUGAUCAGGGCUCAAGUUCCACAAGUCAAGAAUCAAAUCAUCAAGAGUCUGGAGAGGGGUCAAGGAGCCAUGCUAUGCCUCCAUCAUUUACAUCCAUGCCAUUCAACACUAGCGGCCUUCCUGCUGAUAUUGCAAAUAUGGUUAUGAACAUGGCUGCAAAUGUGUAUCAGGGACAGAGCUCUCGGGGCGGGCAAGAAGCAGCUAACAACGCUGAUACAUUUGCCGAGCCAGAGAUAGGAAUAAGUGGCAGCAUGAAUGUCAAUUUUGGGGAACAGAUGAUGCCUGAGGAUCUAUCGGGGGCCUUGAGGUCUGUUAUGGAGAUGUUUUCGGGAGUGCCGCCUCCUGUCAAUCAACAAGAUAAUGCCAAUGGAGGAUCAGCACCAAGCUAAUCAAUCUACAGUCGAGAUAGAUUUCAUUUUUUUCAGGGUGUUUUUUGAUUUGGUCUUGGAGCGUUGAAGUCCUGCAAUGGUUAAAAAAAAAAAAUCUGUGUUGGUACCUUAAACAUUUUAUAGGGUUGAGCCUAAUCAUCGUGUUAAAGAUUUCUAGUACAUCUGUCAUAAUGAAAGCAUAAAGAGCGUUGGGAAUG